AUGCCAUCAAAAACCAGCACCCGUCCCCCAAAACGCCUCGCCAUCUUCUGCGACGGCACUUGGGUGGGCCGCGAAACAAAAGUCGACGAUGCACCGCCUAGUAAUAUCCGCCAACUCGCCAACAUGGUAGGCGAAGUACACUACACUAAAGACCCGACGGCCGCAGCCGUGCACCCCAUCGUCCCACACGCGCACACCAAUAGCAGCAACAUAACAGCCGGCUACCAAGAAGGCGUCGGGCUAAACAAGAACUUUUUGCAAUAUAUCUGGGACGGAGCGACCGCCUCGUCGAUAAGUGAAGAAUGCAUCUCCGUGUACAAAUACAUUGUCGAGAACUUUACUUCCGAACACGAGAUCUGGCUCUUUGGCUUCUCGCGGGGCGCCUUCACCGUACGCUGUGUUGCGGGUAUGAUCAACAACUGCGGCAUCAUCAAGCGACGGGAGCAAUACACGGAUGCAGAACUGUAUAGACUGUGCUUUGAAGUUUUUCGAACGUAUCGAUCUAACUUACCCUCUGAUGCACCGGGGUCAGAUGAGUGUCAGCGGUGGAAGGGGUUGGACGACAAAGUAUGGCAGGUCAAACGACCGAUUCGCUUCAUGGGUGUUAUUGAUACGGUUGGGGCGCUGGGGAUACCGAGGUUGAAUGCUGGGAUAGGGUUUGAUUGGAGUCCGUUUGAGUUCUUCGAUCAGAGUAUGAGUGCGGUUGUCCAGCAUGUGUGGCAUGCACCCUGUUUGCACGACCGACUUUGGAUCUUCCAGCCUUGUCUCGUUCUACCAGACGCUGCGGACGAGGCGGAAGAUGGUAGGACGGUUGUUCGCCAAACGUGGUUUCCGGGCACGCAUUACGAUGUCGGGCGUAUGACGUUCCGGUUCGUGAGGCAGAAUCCUGUGAAUUGGAUUGAGGAGGUGUUGGGGUGGUUGCCGGAUUUGCUGAGUCGCACGAUUUAUCCGAAUCAGGUGCUUAGUGAUGCUGUGCUGAGGUGGUUGGUGCGGGGUGUUAUGGAGGUGGAUGGCGGGUCUGAGACGAUGAUUAUGCCACGAGCGGAAGAGGAUAUUCAGAGGUUGAGUGAGGAGUUUGUCAAGGCGGCGAGUAGGGCGCAUGCAGAAGAGAUGGAGGAGUCGCAUUACACCGGUAGUGGCGAUAUCUAUGGCGAUGUCUUGGCCUAUGCACCCGGCGGUGUGUUGUUUAGUGCUGUUAAGAAGACUUCGCACUCCAUCACUUCAGCUCUCAACAAAUUUUUACCGUCGCUUGGUAUUGGCGAUAAUAUUCAGCAGUUGUUGGGUAUCAAGACGCUGAUUAGUAUCCUGACGGCGACAAACGAUCGCCGAAGAGAGAGUGUUGGUCGAUGGCGUGGAGACAGUGGUGCCGAGUAUAGAGAUUUUGGGUCGCAUGAAUCAGGAGACAAGGGAGAGGGUCAGGUAUCCGAGUAA